GCUGAGGCUUUCCGUGAACCUUGACCUGCUCGCGCGCCCGGGUCUCUUGCAUACGUCCAAUUGAAGAUGCUUCGCUCACUAGCACGAUCUACGCGGGGGACGCCUCUAGCGGCGGCCAGGAUGAGGCCAUCCGGCGCGCGGUUACUGAACAUCCUCGUCCCGGUUAAGCGCGCUGUGGACUACGCUGUCAAGAUCCGCGUCAAUCCUCAACAAACCGGCAUAGACACGAAUGUCAAGCACUCCAUGAACCCCUUUGAUGAAAUAGCCGUUGAGGAGGCCGUCCGCCUCCGCGAACGUCUCAAGUCUGAGGUCAAGUCCAUCAAGGUCAUCACCAUCGGCCCGCCAAAAUCCGUCGAAACUCUCCGCACCGCUCUCGCCAUGGGUGCCGACUCCGCCAUUCACAUUGAAGUGCCGGAGAACGCGCCAGCACCCGAGCCCCUCGGCGUGGCGAAGGCCCUGCGCGCGGUCAUCGAGCGCGAGAACGAGAAGACGCCCGUUGACCUCGUGAUCCUGGGCAAACAGGCCAUCGACGAUGACGCUGGACAGACGGGUCAGAUGCUUGCGGGGCUGCUGGACUGGCCGCAGGCGACGUUCAUCAGCAAGCUGGACGUCGACCCGGCGAAGAAGGAGGCGUUGGUGACCCGGGAGAUCGACGGCGGCGGGGAGGAGUUGAAGUGCAGGCUGCCGCUUGUAGUGACGACAGACUUGCGGCUGAACGAGCCGCGGUAUGCUUCAUUGCCGAACAUUAUGAAGGCAAAGAAGAAGCCAGUGGAGAAGCUGACUGCUCAGGACCUUGGCGUCGACCUCACUCCUGCUCUUGAGACCCUUAAGGUUACUGAACCACCGAAGCGCGUCGGUGGUGGCAAGGUCGCGAAUGUGGAUGAGCUCGUGCAGAAGUUGAAGGAUGCUGGUAUCACUGCUGUCGCCUAAUGCGCAGGCAUCUGCUAUGCUACAUUGUACAACAAUCAUCGCUUGCCUUCGCCUUUGUUUGUCAGCGCCUCGCAGAUGGUUGAGUGUGACACUGGUAAUCGCACUGGCCGAACCUGUCAAUAUGUUGUUGUCCAUAACUGGUGUGGUCUCAGCAUUGCCUCCAGAGGUCUUUGCAAUCGAGAAUGCGCCUCUCAGUACCCCGCCAGUUAUUGCCCAAGCAAGGUCCAUCUUUCGAAGCGUUUAGGGGUGGAAUGGACCGUAGUCGUGUAAACCACCGGCGGGC